AUGAGACCACCGCUUUCAGGGUCUUCGGGAGCAUCGAAAAGGACGGACGUUGGUGAUAUAUGUCUUCCUAUUAUUGAAAACGCCAACAAGAGAACGGUGAGAGAAAUUUUAAAGAAAUGUUGUGGCCCUACACUUUUGGAGGGAGUGACUAAAAUAAGAAUCCCACCAAAGCCAUUGUGUCAUUUCAACGUCGAAAAGGAGAAAACGAAACUGACGAAGUUGCUAAUGAAUUAUUCAUCCGCAAAGUUGCAAAGUAUCCGGACUAUAAACAACAAAAAAGUCGAAGCUUUUGUUGUAUUUGUGAACAUGGACAGUGCGCAAACGUUUGUGUCUGAAGUAAACAGAACGUCGGAUUUUUUGGCCAGACUCUAUGAGAUUGCUCCAGCUGCCAAGCGAAAUACCUUUGAGUUGAUGAAACCAGAGGUUAUAAUAAUCGAUGAUCCGGUCACAGCCCGUUAUUUUUUCUCCGGUCUUGGUCGCAAAAGACUCGCGUUUAUUGAGAAGAAAAACAAAGUCAGCAUUUACAGCUGUGAUUAUGGUCGACGAAUUCAGAUUACUGGUUUUCCCACUUCGCAACUUCGCACUUGCACUGAAAUGAUUAUGAAAUUAAUCGAAGAAUUUGACAGCAAUCGUGAAACAGACGUGGUCGAAGUUGACUUAAGCAUUUCCGAGCGACCUGUGGGUACCAUCAGAAAAAUAUUAAAGCAGUUUGGAAAUGAUUUUUUCAAACUUAUUGAAGACGAGAAUUGUGUGGCAUCGCUAGACGUACAACGACGAAAACUUGUAUUUAGCGGUAGCAAACUUUCCAUUCUCAACAUGCAGAGAAAACUGGCAAAGUAUUUUGACUCUAUGUCAAAUAAUUCCAAAAAAUUUUCAAUUCCUGAAACUUGUUGUCCUAUAUGUUUGGCAAACGUUGAAACCAGCUUUACCCUCACACACUGCAAACAUAGCUAUUGUUUAAUUUGUAUAACAUAUUAUAUUUAUGACGUGUUAAGUUCUGGGAGAACGAAAAACAAAUUCCCUCUUCAGUGUCUCAAAGAGAAUUGCACUUCCAGCGUGGUCAAAGACGAUUACAUUGCCAUAUUAAAAACAGAAGAUAUUGGAAAGUUAUGCAAGGUAUCUCUGGAAUGUUUCUUGAUCGACAAUCCUAACUUCAAAUCAUGCCCUACCAUUGAUUGCUCGUGGAUCUACGAAGUAAGCGAAAGUCCAAGUGUGUUUUUAUGUCCUGCUUGUAAUUUUCGUUUGUGCAGGAAAUGUGGUGAUUCUGCUCAUGAGAUGUUUAGUACAUGCGAAGAAUACGAAGCUAGUAAAGAUUAAUGACAUGUCAAAGUUUGGACAGUUUGAACUUGGGCCGGCAUUAGUCAGUCCAAGCAUUUGUUUAUAAAUUAUUGCUUAAUUUUAAUUACGUGUAUGCUUAAACGCAAACUUUAUUUGAACUAAGGGCAGUGUAGACUUAGUAAUAGAUAGUUUAGCAAUAUUUUUGUGCACAUAAAAUAUAUUUCACUCUUUCUAUGUUA